AAUAGAGGUAUGCACAUAUUUCGCCUUGGCAGACGCGCGCGCGCCAAGCAGCGGCGAGAUUGUAUCUCGAUAUGUGUGUAAUAAGGAGAGAGAGAAAGAGGCACGAUGGUAGAGUGAUGCAGUAACGUAUUUGAUGUUGAUGAUCGCUGCAACAAUCGGCUCUUUCACGAAUAGUCGCGUCGCGAGACUACAACGAGGAGUGCUGUUGAUAGUGAGUGUCGAAGGGAGCUGCGCGUGACCGAGACCGCGGUCGGUUGGUCGGUGAAUGAUAAAACGUGGUUUCUCCGCGUUCGGUCGCGAUGGUUAACGAUAAUGUCGGGCGAUUGGUGAGAGCGCGUUAUCUUCGUGUGUGAACUUCUCGGGGAGUUUUCGGCGAAAUCGCUCUUAGGUGGGGAGGAGAAAGACUAGAAAUAGGAAUCCAGUGAGAAGGACCGCGCUUGUCCUUCGGGGAGAGGACUAUUUUUAGCCGUAGUUGGGCAUAUGCUCGCCAACAGCCCUUCUAUAUUGCUUUCCUGAGGGCGACAGAUAACCUCUGGCUGCGUUACCCAUGACCAUACCGCACCACAGAAAAUGGAGAACGAACAACAUCACUAUGAGCUGCGCAGUGGUAGCAGGUCACGCUCGCACACCCCCAUGGUUCCGAACCGUCCUUUACCAGACUUAGAGGUAACAGAGCAUCACUAUGAUCUCAGGAGAAGGAGCCGGGAGAGAUCUCAUACACCUGGAGAUGUUACGAGUAGCAGGAGAUCUGGCACUAGGUCCUUAACUGGGAGUAGCAGUAAAAUGCAUGAGAAGAAUAUGGAAACAAUAGAGGAGAGUAAGGAAGGAUCCAUGAUAGAAAGUGUAACGGAUAAUCAGAGCACCAAGUCGGAGAGCUCGAUUGUAACUCCAAGGAAAGCUGAGCGACGGUCAGAGCGCCAAAGAGCUAAGAAGCAAAUAUUUGUUAAUGGUCAGAGUGAAAGUAAGGAGGAUAUAUCUGGUCAGAAGGCGGAGCGAAAGCGCAAGAGCGUUACACCACGCAGGAUAUUUACUAGUGAUUACUCAUCUGAAGAGGGAGAAAGAGAAGAUCCUCCCAGUAGACCAGGUUCUGCUUAUGAAAUUUAUAAGCAGGCUGGUGAAUGGUGGAACGUUUUUCCAAAGACAGACUAUACAUAUUCGCAAACGUCGCAAUGUCGUUAUGAGAUCGCCCCGGGUGUGUUAGCGAUGCCCAACAUGUCGAGGCGAUCUAUACACAUGGACGACAGUGGAAACAAUUUCGUACCUCAAAGCUGCAGUCAGACUUCGCGACGAACCACAGAAAGUGGAUUCAGUGAUGGUGUAGAUACUGUCGACUUGAAGGAGCCAAGUUCUCUACUUCAUUCGUCCGAAGAUUUCUCGCGUAUGCAUAUAUCAGAUUCUGCAAGAAGAUCGACUCUAUACAAAAAGACGCAUGUGGAACAAUAUAUGAGUCACAAGGAAGUAGUUUAUACCGAUUCUGGAAAUCCAAGUUUUCGGCAAAGAUAUUCUUCUUGGUUUAGUACUCCUUCAAAGUACACUGAUGUGUAUAACAUAUCUCAAUACGAUUCUGAUGCUGAAUUUGACCAAAUUACGACAUCAUCGGUGGUCAAGACUAACCAAAGAUGGAAAAUCAUGCAAUGGUUUACAUAUUUCACGACCUUCAUUGCCGUUUGGUUCAGUAAAACCGUCGAAUUCUUUAAGUUUCGUACCGACAGAAGGAGCCAGUAUUAUGAUGCACAAACUUAUCGCUAUUUUCACGAUUCCAAAUGGAGCACAUUGCGGAAAACAUUGGAACGUUAUUCGCGCAACAUAUAUUUCUUCAUCGCUAGAUUAUUUCUUUUCGAUGCUUGGUUGCUAAGUCAAUUCACCGGCGUUAGGAAGUGGCUGCAAGAGAAAACCCCGAAGAUCCUCUGGAUUGCUCUCAUAUUGUUACUUUUUCUGCUUGGUGGUUGGUGCAUAAUGGAAUAUUUAUCGCUCUUACCUGCCGUUGAAAACGUGUCGCAGACAUCGACAGAAAAAGUAUUACCUAGUAUACAAUGGAAAAAUCGUGAGAGUAGGGAAGUGAAAUUGACUAAUAACGAAGGGAAAUUGGCUAAUAACGAUGCCUUGAUCGGUAGGAUAGCGGCUCUCGAGGAGGAACAAAUGUAUCAGAUGGAAUAUCUCAUGAAUGUUACACGGAUCUUGGAGGACUAUAAACGAAGAGACGCUGAUUUUCAGAAAAAGUACAACGACAAAAUCACUGAUGUAGCAGAUAAGCUGGAUGUUAGCGAACUGAGCAGCGUAUUGAAUAAUGAGCUGAGAGUUAUUAAAUACGAGUUUGAAAAGUUACGUGAGUUAUACGCGGAGUUGAAGUCUUGUUGCAACGCUAAUAAGGAGACAGUCGUAAAUGAGAAUAUAGAAAAACAUGUGGAGAAGAUCUUAUCUGGCUAUUUCCCACCCGGAACUUCGAAGGAGGAUCUGGUGAAGAACAUUCAGAAGAUUUUUGCGUCUCGUAACGGAGAAGAUCAGGCAGUUUUGAGCAACAACGCCGGCGAUUCGAGCGCUUACAUGUCGGAGGAGCGCGUUCGUAAGAUAGUGAAGGAAAUCCUACGAAUAUAUGACGCGGACAAAACGGGCCAAGUGGAUUACGCUUUGGAGUCAGCAGGUGGUCAGAUCAUUAGUACGCGAUGCACCCAGAGAUACGACAUAAAGUCGCGAGCCUUCCGCUUGUUCGGCUUGUUCACGUUGUACUAUGAAAGCAACAAUCCACGGACGGUGAUACAAGGGAACGCACUGCAACCCGGCGCCUGCUGGGCGUUUCAAGAUUUCCCUGGAUAUAUCUUGAUACAAUUGCGCUGCGUUAUUUAUGUAACCGGUUUUACUCUGGAACACGUUUCCAGUUUGAUCUUGCCGAAUGAGAAUAUGCUGAGCGCGCCCAAGAGGUUCGACGUCUGGGGUUUGACGGACGAGAAUGAUGCUGACCCUGUAAGAUUCGGAGAUUAUGAAUUCACAUAUUCCGAAGACAGUUUACAAUAUUUCCCAGUGCAGAACACAGAGAUCAAAAGGCCAUACGAGUACAUUGAAUUGAGGAUACACAGCAAUCACGGGAAGUUGGACUACACGUGUCUUUACAGAUUCCGCGUUCAUGGAAGACCAGCUUAGAGAUAUCGACCCGAUAAAACGUGUAAAAGUUCAUGAGAACGUUGGAGCAAAAGCCGUUCAGCGGAACAAAUCACACUUGUCCUUUAAUAUGUGCCUUCAACUACCGUUUAAUAGUUUGAACUCGACGAUGUGUCUUAUUCCUAGCACUCGCAACUACAUGAAUUAGAUUGGAUAUUUAACAUUUUUGUAAUAGAUCGCGCUACAAAGUGUGAACAAUAUAUCACCGAUGUGUGAACGCUUACGCGUAUAACAACGUCUGCUCUUACCGGUGAAAACGCCUGCUGUAAAUUAUUCAAUACCGAUAAUAUGCCGACAAUUUAUACCGAUUUAUACCGUUUGACCAAACUGCACGGCUGGCUUCGUUAAAUCGAAAUGACAAAUGAGAACGUUAUCGAUGAACGUUGGCCCGACAGUAUCCGAAAAAUAUCACCCGUUUAUAAAUCGACGCCUGUACUAUGGCCUUGCUAGUAGUUUAGUUAAGUAAAGCGCACGAAAAGAUGGAAAAGAAAGCAGUCUCAUAUGAAAGAACUCUCAAUAUGAAACAACAAUGAGAGGUAUGAUACUGAUCCAAAAGAGAAAAAGAAAAAAUGAAACUUUCAAGAUGUCUCGAAGAAAAGAGAGAGAGAGGGGGGGGGGAGAGAGAGAGAGAGAGAGAGCAGGAGAGAAAAUGUGUUCGAAUGAUCAUUUCUCACGUAACACCAAUCCGGCAGCGUCACGUGUAAGACUGACACUUCAAAAGUUACCCCAAAGCAAAGUGUGAGUCAUAAUACUUGUAAUAACGCGACAGUACAAAUUCUAAGGAACACUAAUUAAUUAAUUAAUUCUAGAGUAAGGAACAUAGAAUUGAUCUUAGAUUAAGCGUGUGUAUCGCGCCGCAGGCGGUUUUCUUUCGUCGCAGCUGAGAAGCGAAGAAGCAUGUUCUUCGUGAAAGUUCAAUAUUCGAUGCGCGACGCUAAUAUAUCUCGAUUGUGUACAUAUAUUAAGUAUUUCCAAUACGUUUGUGCCGCAUACGUUCUUCUCUCUGAUUUUGGCUAUUUUUACAAUGAUACAUUUUUGCGUUUCCCUCCUUUUAAAUUGCGAUGCGUGUUCACUUGGACAGAAAGCGCCAGAUGAAAUCUAUCUGUGAGUAUGAUUUCGCUCGAGUAUUUGGGCUGAAUAUGCGCAUCUUUUGCUUCAUAGUACUUAGUGUGGUAAAAGAUGCUGGUAAAUUGAAUUGUUGAGAACACGCUCGAUUUUAGCAAUGCCGAAAGAUGCGACCGUUUUUACCAUUCUCGUAUGUGUUAAUAGGAUUUUUACAUUUGCAAAUAAAAAAUUGCGUUACACUCAA